AUGGAGGAAUAUGGAAGACACAUGACUAGGAUUGUUGUGACCCUAUUUGAAGCCAUGGCAGAAACUUUGUCCCUUGAACUAUCUGCUGAACGGAAAACAAGCUGCUUAUCGGAGUCAACAGGUGUGGUACGUGUUCAACGUUAUCCCCAGUGCACCGAAUCACCCGGACUUGAGGCUCAUACGGAUAGUUCGAUGAUAUCCAUAAUAAACCAAGACGAUGUUGGUGGGCUAGAGUUCAUGAAAGAUGGGGAGUGGUUCAAUGUCAAACCUCUUGCAGAUUCUCUUGUCAUCGGUCUCGGUGAUAUGAUGCAGAUGAUAAGUGAUGAGGAGUACAAGAGUGUGUUGCAUAAAGUGGGAAAGAGGAUGAACAAGAAAGAGAGAUACUCGAUAAUUUACUUUGUGUUCCCAGCCAAAGACUGUGUGUUUGAAUCGAGUCGCUACAAGCCAUUCAAGUUCUCGGAGUUUGAAGCUCAAGUUAAGCUUGAUGUUGAGAUCCAUGGUAGCAAAGUCGGCCUUUCUCAGUUCCUCAGCAUCCCUUAG